AUGAUCUCCUCUCGAAAUGUGACCAUAUUGACGACAAUUCUCUCAACAACAUGUCUCCUUUUGAUGGUCACCGUUCUGCCAUUGACAAUGUUGAAAAUUCAACGCGCUAACACGUUUAUGCUGGACAAAGUGCAGCAGUGCAGGAUGGAUUCUUCCGAUCUAUGGAAACAAGUGGCGGCUGGUGAGGUUCGAAUGAAGAGGCAAAACUAUGCGAAUGAAGGGGCAAAGGGAACUAUAAAUGGGGGAAAAUGUUGCUCUUGUCAACAAGGUCCACCCGGUCCUCCCGGUGGCUCCGGACAAUCAGGAAUGGAUGGAGAGCCGGGAAUGAUCGGAUCAAAUGGGAGAAACGGUCGAUCCGGGAAGUACGUGAUGCCACCAAAAAACGAUGAUCUUUCAUGUCAAAAGUGUCCCUCGGCGGUUCAGGGUCCACCCGGGCAUCCCGGUGCCAAAGGAGCGAGGGGACAAGCUGGCCAAGCAGGCACUGAUGGAAGCAAUGGAAACCCGAGCAGACAAGGCCCACCCGGACCCCCGGGAGUUCGUGGACAACCGGGAAUGAUUGGAAUCCAGGGACCUCCAGGAGACCCAGGUCGAGUGCUGAAUGGAGCUCCUCAAGGUCCAAGUGGACCCCUCGGACAAAUGGGACCUCGGGGAAAGCCAGGAGUUAACGGAAUUGAUGGUAACUCUGGUGGAUUGGGCCCAGCCGGUUCCCGGGGAGAACAAGGUCAAAGGGGUUCAUCCGGUCAAAGAGGUUUGCCUGGACCAACCGGACCGCUUGGAUCACCGGGAAUCAAAGGUUCCUGCAAUCAUUGUGCCAAGAGUGACAGAAAACAGGAGACAGCAGCUAAACAGCAAACUUCUGAAGACUACGGAUCAAAUAACAAUCAACAGAAUAUUUAUAAUCAAGAACAAACUGCUUCUGGUUACGAGUAUGAGGCUCGUGAAGAGUCAAGAAAUAACCAAAGAUACGAUGCUCAAGAAUCAAAAGAAAGCUAUGAAAAUCAGAGACCGAAGUCAUACAACCAAGCGAAAGUAACCGCUUCUACUUAUGAGUCUGAGGCUCCAAGUCAAGGAGAGGAGUACGGUAAUCAAGGAAAAGGUAUUAUAUACAAGAUCAGCUAUGACAACAGUGUCCCAUCGGCUUUCCCCAACCCGGCCACCAAUCCCUCGAAAGGUUACAACGCUAAAGCGAUGGCAGCACCCACCAAUCAUUUCUUCUCGGGACAAGUUAACUCUCGCGGUUACGGUCAACCAAAUCGUGUGGCGACGAACUUCGCGAAUGAGCCACCCGCUUUCUCGAUUCUCCAACCAAUGAGCAGUCCUCGGGUGUACGGGCAAGCUGUUUUUCAAGGACAGCACUAUCGAGGGCAAAUGAUCAGCAAUCAGCGAACGGCGAGUGAUUAUGGAUAUGGAGCUGUUGGAUAUCAACCACCACAGCCGAAUCCCGGAUAUCAGGGCUACACUUCACCACAACAAAAUUGGAAUCGAAACCCUGGUGAGACUCAAUUUUGUGAGAAAGAGCAAAGUUUU